GCAGAAAGUUUGCUUUAGAGGAACGCAGAAAGUUUCAAGUAGAAAUUCGAAACCACCACCCGGAAACCCAGACACUGCACGAACCACGCACGCCCCCGCUGUCCCACUCGCCGCCUCGCCCACCGCCGCCGUCGCCAGAGUCAUCCACCGCCGCCUCUCUUCUGCGUUCGCCGUUCCCAGCUUCCCAAUCGCGCGCCUCUCCUGGUCCUGGCCCAGUCGCUCUCCCGGAGAGAUCCAGGUGUCCUUGGACCGCGACCGCGUCUCUCUGCCCCAUCCCGUCGGCGUCCUCGUCCCCCCUCGACGCCGCUGGCUUGGAGUGGAGAUCCGAUCGGCCCGGAUGAGAAGUUGAUUACUUAUUUCGCUGUUGGUUUGCGGAUUUGUUUGCUGACUGGUAGAGCAUGAUCCUGCGGUGAGUGAGGAUAGCUCGUCAAGCUGCUGGGCUGGGAUUUUUCUUGGUAAACUGGUUAAGAGACUAUUCCUGAGGCGAUAGCGCGAGAUGGAUGCGAGCGCAGAGGUUUCUGAUGCUAUUGGUGCAAUGGGCAUUGACAAUGGGGCGAACGGGAAGUUGCUGCCCAAUGAUAGUGUAGGGGCGCGUGAGGAUCAAGAACAAGAUGCGCUAGCUGAUGGGGCGCAUUCAGGCGAGAGUGAGGUGAUCAACCCAUCUGAAGAGGUGGAAGGGGAGGCCACCUCACAUUCACAGGAUGUCAAGCCCCGUGUUUCGGAGGGUAGUCAAAGCCAUUCACCAAAGGUUGUUAAAUCUCCGCGACAAAGCCCACAAAGCGGAGAUAAGAGUCAAGCUAGGAAAAGCUCUCCCAAUCCUUCUUAUCCUAAGGCGCCCAUUGCACGAGUUUCUGAUCCGGAUCUAGUUGAUAGCUCUUCAAGCAACGGUGAUGUUGAUGCCAAUAGGAAAGCUGAAAAGAGUAGUUUUCGCCCAGUUGCUAAGGAGGGUUCAUCGCUUGAGGACUCAAAGGAGAAGAAGAAAACUCAGAAGGCAUCAAACCAACAUUCUGUCAAAAAGGAUGAAGAAGAAUCAAAUGAAACAAUAAAACCUCAAAGGGUUGGCAGCACUCCUGCUUAUGGCUUUAGUUUCAAAUGUGACGAGAGAGCUGAAAAAAGAAGAGAGUUCUACUCAAAGCUUGAGGAGAAGAUCCAUGCACAAGAAUUGGAGAAAAGCAACUUGCAGGCAAAAUCAAAGGAAACUGAAGAAGCUGAACUCAAAAUGCUGAGGAAGAGUUUAAAUUUUAAGGCAACACCGAUGCCCAGCUUUUAUAAGGAACCAUCACCUCCCAAGGUUGAAUUGAAGAAGAUCCCUACCACCAGAGCUAGAUCUCCAAAGCUUGGCCGCUCCAAGAACACAACCUCAACAUGCACAGAAGGAAAUACAAAUCCUCCAACCCGUCCAGCUCGUAUGAGCCUUGACGAAAGGGCCUCCCAAAACGGUGUCAAGAAAGCACCCACUGCAAAUGCAGUGAAGAAGCCCCAACGGAAAUCUCUCCCUAAAUUGCUAUCGGAGCAAACAGCUUCUUUUGCCAUCACAGCGUCUCUAUCACCCACACAAGAGAUUGAAAACAGCAAGUCAUCAACAGAUCUCGUUCAGGAGCCAAUCCGUGCACAAUUUACCUCCGAUGAACCUGGACUAAGUGGGUAGGGAUCUAUCAAGCCGACUCAUAUGUAAUGCGAGAGUUGGGCCGCAAUUUCCUUUGUCACAUUUUGCUAUUUCUGUAGUAAACUGCUGGCUGGUAUUAUGUACUAGGAUUAGUCUCAUCACCAGGAGUUUGAAGAAUGGCAAGUAACCAUGUAUUGUUAUCCUGUCAAUUUUCCUUCACAAUUCAAGGGAAGGGGGCACAUGAUAUUUGUAGUUGGCAACGAUUGCACAUGACUAUCCUUUUUCCAGGGCUAGAAUCUGCUUCUUCCAUAUCAA